CACUAGAUGUCGCACAUGCCCCACGCAUCAGCUGCUUUGCAGUUCUCGCAAGGUGGCUCCCAUGUUUAUCACGACUCGCUUCAGAUUCUCGCUAGGCUUCUUGUUCCUUUUGAGCAUUUUCGUCGGAGUAGAUGUCACUGGAUCCAUCGGAUACUUAUACAAUUCAAUGAUGUUCCCGGUAGAGGACUACCAUCGUAGGCAGCAUUCUCUCGUUCAGCUGAAUAGAUACCACUCGUUCACCGGUCAUACCGAAUUUUCUGGAUUGCUUGCGCUAACAGAGCACACAAUGAUAUGUAACCUUAUCCCAUACUCGCAUGGCCCACCUAAUGUAUUGACAAAGCAUCUAUCGACUGUCGCAUGCAAGAAAUAUAGCGCAUUCCAUAUCCUGAUUUCAGCAUAAGCAUAAAGUACUUCCAAAAGUCAAACACCGCAUACGCGGAGAGCAGCACGCGGA